AUGGAGGCUGAGCUUUCGCCUUCCGAGGCCUGGUCCAGCGGGACAGCAGAACCCACCACGCCCUGGUUGAUGGAGCUUAGCAGUGUUGGGCCCAGCACAGAUGGUGCCCUCCCAGUUGGGAUGCAGCUGUGGAUCUUCAACAGCAGUGGAGAGGAGGACACCUCACCCCCGUUUCUGACCGACGCCUGGCUUGUGCCUGUCUUCUACGCCCUCAUCAUGCUGCUUGGUCUGGUGGGGAACUCACUGGUCAUCUAUGUCAUCAGCAAGCACCGCCAGAUGCGCACAGCCACCAACUUCUACAUUGGUGAGUGAACCCUGCCUGCUUGUUUUCCUGUGCUCUAGGCUUGCCCCACGACCACCUUGACUGCUGACGGGUGUCUUGGGGGGAAAGAAGGAGUGUAAAACUUCUUCCAACUCUCCUCUCUGAUCUUCUUCAACCUGCCACAUGUCACAGUGCCCAGACAUGACUUUAGGCUUCUGUUAUGCCAGAGAGUGCCCAUCCGUCCUAACCAGGAUUGCUAAUGGAAUAUUUCAUAUCCCCAGUAUGCACAGCCCUUUCCCAAUGUUACUGCCAGUUCUUCCAUAACAUAAACAGAACAGGAAAGGCUGUUGAAAACUAACCUCAUAGUGAAUUUGCCUGACAUGCCUUCUCCACCCGGUGUGGUAAAUACAGUAUUACCUAUUAUUGGUCAGCCUCCCACUGCUAAGACAAUUCAGUCUUGAUUGCAUUUUACUGAUUCCGCAGACAGAUGGUUAAAAUACCCAUCCAUCCCAAUUUUUAUUUUCAUUUUAAACUGAUUCUCGUCCAGCUGGAUAUCUUAGUUGGUUAGAACAUGGUGCUGACAAUGCCAAGGUUGCAGGUUCAAUUUCAAUCCCCAUACGGGGCAACUGCAUAUUCCUGCAUUGCAGGGGGAUGGACUGGAUGAUCCUUAGGGUCCCUUCCAACCUUAUAAUUCUAAGAGUUUCUUUUAAAAUAGUUUAUUUCUGGCUUUAAAAUAUACAUCAUCAGUUUGAAAAUCUCAGAAAUCUCAGAUUAACAAUCUUGAGUUGGGACAUUGUAAAAUACGGGGCAGCCAAAGAAGGCAACUCAAGCUUCCUGAGAGAGAAUUCAUAAUACUGCCAGAGAGGAGAAGGAUGCAAAGGGCUGAGAUGCAGGACUGCACAAAAGGAGCUCUGGGAGGAAGGCUGCAGCAGCAGGACUAACACAGACCUGAUCCUCAAUUCUCCUGCAGGUUUUCGCUGCCACCCAGACCCAUGUGAAAUAAAUGGCACGGUUAGGUUGCACUCGAGAAUGAUCUCCUUUCUCUUCCCUCCUCCCAACCUUUAGUACAAUAGAAUUAAAGGAAGUGAACAUUGGUCUCAAUCAACAUCGUAGUAACUGUUUGGAAUUGUCCGUUUGGUGGCUGCAAUUGUGACAGAUUGCCUUAUGUGCAGUUGUGCAGCCCAAGUGUAGUAUCUAAGAGCUUCUAAGAAUACAUUUAUGGUCCAUAGUGACCUGUAGCCUCCUGCUUGCACAGUUCCUGGUAUCUAACUUGUUCUGAUGUCUUCCAGUGAUUAUCUACGAUCAGGGGAAGAGAAUCUUACUCUCCUCUAUGCUCAUCAGGUAUCUUCAGUACACUUGCUCUAACUUUAAAAUAAUCGCGGAUGUAACUUAUCUUCAAGAUGUAUGUUGAUUUACCAAAAGAAAAUACUGCAAAUUGGUAUAUUACUUAAUGUAUUUUUUCCAUUAUUUACUAUACAAAUUUGGUGCCCUGAUAUAACAACUCUCACAAUUUCAUAGCUCUCCAUGUACUAUCAACAUAUUUAGAUUGCGUGCCACAGUUAUAGUGUCUACUUUGAAGUAAGUCCCACUGAGUUCAGCGUUGAAUAUAGUGGGACUCUGUUCUGAGAAAACAUGCAAAGGAACCCUCUGGAGCUCACUUUAAGCGCCUGAAUUUUUCUUUUGAACCGUGUCCUUACCUUCCUCCACAUACAAUUCUAGGUUUGGAGCAGGCAGGCAUAGUCUGAGGGAAACAGCUUCAUGGGACCAGUAACAGGCUUAAUUAGGUUUGAGGGCUGGAGGUUCACCAUCCAGAUAUAUAAGCUUGUCCUUUUAAAAAGCAAGCAUUUUACCCAUUAAACAGAUACCAGGGGAGGGGGCAGAACACACAGGUAUCUCAGUGCUAGAUGCAAAUUCAGUACACAACAGCAACAGGAACACAGUACAGUGGUACCUCAGGUUGCAGACGCUUCAGGUUACAGACUCUGCUAACCCAGAAAUAGUACCUCGGUUUAAGAACUUUGCUUCAGGAUGAGAACAGAAAUUGUGCAGCGGUGGCACAGCGGUAGCAGGAGGCUCCAUUAGCUAAAGUGGUACCUCAGGUCAAGAACAGUUUCAGGUUAAGAACGGACCUCCAGAAUGAAUUAACCCGAGGUACCACUGUACAACAUGCACAUUAUGAUUGUGGGAGCAAGAGGUUUCCCUCCCUUUUGUGCUCAGUUUCCUUAAAUGUUUAAACUGCCCGAGAAACAUCUACAACUCACUGGUUGGAGCUUUAGUUUAAUUUAAGUAGUUUGUUUAUACAUUUAUAUCCUACCCUUCCUCCCUAAGGCAGCAGAUGAGAAGUGAUAAAACAUCUUCAAAAUAUUUCGAAAAGCUAAACAGAGAUGCAAAUUUGCUGCCUGAUGAGCCAUACUACAGCUGUUCAACAAGGACAGUAUAAAGGGAAGCUCCCCAUGGUUUCACAUUUUCAAUUUCCUUGAGCUAGCCAAGGGAUUCAGCCAAUAUAAUGUGUGAAGCUGGUCAGCGUCUGCAUCCAAAGCAUAGCUUGGUGAGUCUAGAUGAGAAAUCCCCACUCGCAGUCCUUAGCACAGUAAGUGUUUCUUUGUCUGAUUACCACGAUCCACCACCCUGCCCUCUGCUUUUCCUUAGUGUGUGAAGACUGCCAGUAUUUUGCAUGGUCUAGUUUAGUUUGUUUUCCAUCUCACAAUCAUUGUUAGGCUUUCCAUUAUUAGUGUGAAGGCUUGUAUCUCAUCAAAAAUAGUUUUGUGACUGCUCUAGACAAAAUAGCUCCUCUUCUGAGCUAUCUUCCAGUCCCAUUCUCCGUCAUUACUGUGGUCUGUUAUUGGUCCUCCUCCUAACCUAGAUUUACCCUAUUACCGGUAUACCCUGGACCCAUUCUCCAUUUUCAUGAAUGCAACUAUUUUCUAACAUUCUUUUACCAAAAGCUGCAUCUAACUGGCUGCAACCUGCUCUCAGGGCACUUUCACACUAUCACUUUUUCAGGUGGGAUUCAGACACAUACAGUACUAGCAAUUUCAGGUUGCACAGUUCUAGUUGAUUGAGUGGUCUUUUGCGACAAAUCUGCUUCCCCAAAAGACUGGACUUAUUUGCAAUAAGGAAAGUGAUGGGAAAGUUAUGGGAUAACACUUGCUUUGAUGCAAGGUCAUCUAACUGCCCAGGAGCCAGCAUUGUCUAAUCUCUCUGCAAACAAAUCAGUGUGAAUGCUCAAUAAACAGGUCACCUGGAAGUCCUCAGCCCUAUUUUUUGUGCAUUAUAUAUCCCGGUAUUUUUUUUAAUUAGUUAAUUUUAUUAAAACUUUUAUUUAAAAAUUGCAGUACAGCUCUGUCUGCUGCUGCCAAAAUAUCACAGAAUGAUCACCCCAAUCCUCAAUCCCACAUCACUGUCAUAUUGGCUCACCAAAUAUCCUCAAAUAUCCUGGUAUGUGUAGGGAUACAUUGGUGCAAUUGCUCAAUUUUAAAGUGUUAUUGAUAGGAAAUAAAACACCAUCACCACCUGCACUUGCAGUUAUGGAAGCAGUUUUAUACAGGAACUGUGCAAAGAUACCACAGGACUAACUAGCAACAACAGCCCUUGUCUCAAUGUUCCUUUAUUCUGGAGCGUUCAAGGGGCUCCAUCAGAAAUGUCACUAUUCCAAAAUUCUGGAUGCAGUGAGCAUCCAGUGAGCAACAUGAUGCAGAAUAUUAUUUAUUUACUUAUUUGUUUGUUUGUUUGUUUUAUUUUUAAGUGCCACAAUUCUUCCUAAAAGAGCCUGGAGCAGUAAGCCACAAAGCAAAGGAAUUGUGAAUUGUAAAAACAUUUCAAAACAACCACAUGCCUCCACAGCAAAUGAUAGAAACUUUCAUAGAGCUGGAAGGGACCCAUUGGUCAUCUAGUCUAACCCUCUGCAAUGCAGGAAUCUCGGCUAAAGUAUCCAUGGCAGAUGGCCACCCAACCUCUGCUUAAAAACCUCCAAGGAAGGAGAGUCCACCACCUCUUGUGGGAGUCUGUUCCACUGCCUGGCUUUUACUGCCAGAUAGUUUUUCCGAAUGUUUAGUCGGAAUCUCCUUUCUUGUAACUUGAAGCCAUUGCCUCAAGUCCUACCCUCAAGAGCAGUAGAAAACUAGCUUGCUCCAUCUUCCAUACCAUUUUAAGGUUUCCAGGAGCGGUAUCUUUAAGCCAUUACAUGCCUCAGGAAACAGAAAUCUUUUAUAAAUUGCUCCUGUAUGUGAUGGUGAUGAUGUUACUAAGAAACUUUUUAUUGUUUAUAUGUUACCCAUUUGAUUGGAUUGUUAUUAAUAACAGAGGCAGUAAGAUGGAGGGAGGCAGUAACAGGAACUUCCCACUGCAACCAAUACCGAUUCAAGCACACGCAUGUGUGAUCUUUAUUCAGUGGUGUAGUGUGGGGGGUGCAGGGGGGGCCGGCCACACCGGGCGCAACAUCUGGGGGGGCGCGCGCUCGCACUCACACCUCUAGUGGAAGAGACUCGAGUGCUAAAAUCCACGGGUUAGGGGGCGCAAAUUACUUGCCUUGCCCCGGGUGCUGACAACCCACGCUAUGCCACUGUCUUUAUUGAGCCUAUUAUGCCUAAGUCCCAUGCUGAUGUUGACUCUGUAUCUUUUGCAGCAAACCUGGCUACCACUGACAUAAUUUUCUUAGUGUGCUGCGUUCCCUUCACCGCCACACUCUAUCCCCUCCCCAGCUGGGUGUUUGGGGACUUCAUGUGCAAAUUCGUCAACUAUUUGCAGCAGGUGAGCUUGAAUGGUGGAAUAAUCUAUGUGUAAUAUUUUAGUGGAUUUACGAUAUUACGUGUGUUGCAGUGAGGGCAAGUGUGAUGGCCUGGGAUUCGGACUCGGAGGCUGAACCUGAGGAAUCCCAGCCUGCACAGGAGUCCCCGCCUCCAGAACCAGCUGAGCCGGGGCGGGGGCUUGAGCCUGAAGGGUCCUCACCUGUGCUGGAUCCUCAAGUGCAGGCACCAGCUGAGUCUGCUCUGGCCCCUGAGGUGAUGGAGGACCCAUUGCCUGCAGGUGCUCUACUCUCAGCCCCGUCAGGGGAAGCUGAGGUUGCCUCUGGGUCCAGUAACCCUCCAGCCUCUCCUGAGCUGCUCAGGGCAGAGAGGCAGAGGGAACUAAAUUCCCGCAGGAGGAGUGCUCGCCUCCAGGCCAGGAGAGGCAAGUCACCUGUGGACCGGGGCCGCCCUAUGCCUCGGGGCAGAUAAAAGCCAGCCAGCCCCAGUCCCAGGUUGUGGGAGCAACAUUGUUGGUAGCCUGUUCCUGCCUGCACCCUGUCCUGCUCUUCUGCCAGAGUUCCUGACCUCACCCGACUCCCUGCCUUGGACCCAGCUUCAGCUUUGACGGACAUCCUCCAUACCGCACCCUUGAAUUCGGACUGGACUCGGACCUCACCGCACGGUUAACUCUCGGGACCAGCACAGCGAGUGUCUGUGCACUGUAUAUCAUACAUAUGUGUGCAGCUAUUUGGGAACAGUGCCUUUCCCAUGAAGGGGGUGGAGGUGUCCUGGAGUCUCAUGUGGUCUCCCUUGCCAGUUGUUUCUCUUCUCACCAGGUGACUGUGCAGGCUACGUGCAUCACUCUAAUGGCGAUGAGUAUGGACCGCUGCUAUGCCACACUGUACCCACUGAAAUCACUCCGUUAUCGGACCCCCCAGGUAGCCAUGGCAGUCAGCUUUGCGAUCUGGAUUGGUGAGUGAGGGCAGCAAAGUCUAUGAACACAAAUUUAUGGGGAAGAAAGGGGCUGGCGCUUGCUUGAUACGGAGGAGCCAGGUAAACUUAAAUCCUAACCCAUCCAGGUUGGUAUUCCUGGCAUCAGGCUUGUCACUCAGCAUCUAAGCAAGUACCAGCUUCUUUAUUGACUCUUUGGUGUACGCAUUUACUUUGGUCAAUAAAGAAGAAGUUGGUACUUGCUUACAUGCUAAUACAGUACCAACUUCUUUAUUGACCAAAAUAGCUAAUUUCAUGGGCUAUAGUCCACUUCAUCAGAUGCAUCACAUGCAACCCUCUGUUAGUAGGUAUUUUUACAUGUGGGUAUACUUAACCGUCCAGGGGUCCUUUACCGUAUCUCUUUUUUUACCUUUUAUAGAGAAUAAUCAUACACAGUGAGGUGAGAGAGUAAUGGGGUGCAAGAAAUACAGAUUGUCAUAAUUUCUUUAAAGCACACAUGUGUGCAAGAUGAGUGCAGUAACCAUUCAUAAAUCAGUAUUGGUAACAGAAACACAAUGACAUUGGGAAGUUAAUUAACACCCUGCAGUACAUUAAGAAAUAAGCAGGCUAUAAGCAGAAUUGGUGGUUCCAGUGUUUUCACUGGCUCUAAUGUUCACUUCAGUUGCUGUCAAAAUCCUGGUCUCACCUUUUCUUCACAGGCCCACUCCUAUUUACUGAAGAACAAGAUCUGCUUUAAUCACAUGGUAUCCGAAUAAGGCCUGGUUUGUUUAUUGUUGCUCGUUGAUGUUAUUUUGAUCUCUGUAGGUUUUGCUUUGAUCUCUGCAGGUUACAAGAUGGAGCAUCGCUGCAUAGGAGCUUGACAUCUGUGUCUUUGACCCCCUAGGUUCCUUCAUUCUCUCAUUGCCCAUGGCUGUGUACCAUCGCACUGAGGUCGGCUACUGGUAUGGCUUACGCACCUACUGUAUUGAGGCAUUCACCAGCAAGAGCCAGGAGCGAAUCUUCAUUCUAUACACUUUCUUGGCUGUCUAUCUGUUGCCCCUCCUCACUAUCUGCCUUUGCUAUUCUAUUAUGCUCAAGCGCCUUGGACGCCCUGUGGUGGAACCCAUGGACCAUGAUUACCAGGUAAGUCGGUGGACAGAAAUUGAAUGGCCACCCUGUUUCUUGUUGGGCUUUCUUUUUUUUUUUUUUUAAAUAAUUUUUAUUAAAGUUUUAAACAACAAAAGAAAAAGAACAACACAAAAUACAAUACAAAACUCAACCGUAAAAGACAAAAAAACAUAACAAUUAAAAACAAACUCUCUUUUCCAUUUCCAAUUUUAAAUUACUUAUUUUCUGGACUUCCUCAUACCUCCCUCUUUGUAUUCCAAUCCACAUUAUUUGUCCAGCAGUUUCUUUUCCACUUUUUUAAUCCCAAUCUUUAAUUUAAUAAAAUGUUAAAAUAUAUAACUUCAACUUUUUUUAAACCUAAUCCUUGAUCUUAAUAUCAUAUAACAUUUAAAUUUUCCCUUUUAAUAUCAAAUUUCCAUUUCUUUAAACAUCUUUGAUCUUGAUCUUUAAUCUUAAUCUAUCAUUCACUUUAACCUGUGCAGCUGGAAACCACUUACUUUCAGUCCAACAUUCCUUUAACAUUCCUUAAUUUUGCAAUGUUUCUGAAGAUAGUCUUUGAAUUUCUUCCAGUCUUCCUCCAUCGACUCUUCUCCCUGGUCACGGAUUCUACAGUCAUUUCCGCCAAUUCCAUAUAGUCCAUAAGUUUCAUCUGCCAUUCCUCCAGUGUGGGAAGUUCUUGUGUCUUCCAAUACUUUGCGAUGAGUAUUCUUGCUGCUGUUGUUGCAUACAUAAAGAGAGUUCUAUCCUUUUUUAACACCAUUUGGCCGACUAUGCCCAGGAGAAAGGCCUCUGGUUUCUUAGGGAGGUAUACUUAAAUACCUUUUUUAAUUCAUUAUAUAUCAUUUCCCAGAAAGCCUUAAUCUUUGGGCACGUCCACCAAAGGUGAAAAAAUGUACCUUCAGUUUCUUUACAUUUCCAACAUUUGUUAUCGGGCAAGUGAUAGAUUUUCGCAAGCUUGACUGGGGUUAUGUACCACCUGUAUAUCAUUUUCAUAAUAUUCUCUCUUAGGGCAUUACAUGCCGUAAAUUUCAUACCUGUGGUCCAUAACUGUUCCCAGUCAGCAAACAUAAUAUUAUGACCAACGUCUUGUGCCCAUUUAAUCAUAGCCGAUUUUACCGUUUCAUCCUGAGUAUUCUAUUUCAGCAGCAAGUUAUACAUUCUUGACAAAUUCUUAGUUUUGGGUUCUAACAAUUCUGUUUCUAAUUUGGAUCUUUCCACCUGGAAGCCAAUUUUCCUGUCCAAUUUAAAUACCUCCAUUAUCUGAUAAUAAUGAAGCCAGUCUCGCACUUUGUUUUUUAAUUUUUCAAAACUCUGCAAUUUCAGUCUAUCUCCGUCUUGUUCCAAAGUUUCUUGUUGGGCUUUCACAACUCUGUCACCCUAUACACGUCACAGGCAAAUUUUCAAUUUCGCUAUUCUAAAGGAGGCCUAUGAAAUCUUAUACCAAACUGCUGAAAGACAGGCAAAGUACUAAACACCUAGGGGAGGAGUCAACUAACAAGCCCUGUCAACGGGGCUGGAUUAACCAUUACGCAAAAGACACAUGUGCUUAGGGCAUCAAGGGAAGGGGGGGCACGACAAAAAAUUUCCAUUGCUGAAUUUACCAUGGGCCAUAUGGUGCAGCUGGGGAAAAAAUGGCCUCCACAAUAAAUGAAAAAAUUACAUAUAUAUCUGUGCAAGAAUAAAAAGAAAUAAUAAUAAUAAUAAUAAUAAUAAUAAUAAUAAUAAUAAUACAACAAAAUAUAUAACAAAAUUAAAAUCUGGUAAAUUGCCACUUGGUCCACCAAGUAUUUUGAAUAAGAUAUAUAUGGAGGCACCAAAGUCUUUUAAGUGCUUAGGGCCUCUAAAGGUCUUAAUCUGGCCCUGCCUGUCAACAUAAAUCCUGCACAAGGACUGAUUUUUAUUAUAUUUUUAAUUUUUAUUGUAUUUUAAAUAUUUUGUUCAAGGCCUCCCAGAGUGGCUGGGAAAACCCAGCCAGAUGGGUGGGGUAUAAAUAUUAUUAUUAUUAUUAUUAUUAUUAUUAUUAUUAUUCCACUUGCAUAAUGGGGCUUUCCCGCCUCCCCUCCAGGCCUCCUGUUUGGUGGGUGGUGAUUAGGGGGGUCGGGAGAACCCUUGGAACAAGGCGUGUGGGGAGGAGAGAGGGGGGUCAUUCCACCUGCUAAGCCGAAAGUCUUUCACUGAUGGAACAAGUAGAAGAGCAGGACGUCAAAUUCCUCCCCUAUUCUCUUAUCGUGUAGCAAGUUUCCAAAAAGGGCAACUAAAAUGAUCAAAGGGUUGGAGCUUCUCCCUUAUGAGGAAAGGUUACAACACUGGGGGCUUUUCAGUUUAAAAAAAUGAUCGGGGUGGGGGCAUGAUAGAAAUUUAUAAAAUCAUGCAUGGCAUGGAGAAAGUGGAUCUCCCUCUCUCAUAAUGCUGUUACAUGCAUGUCCUGUUUUCAGGCUUCCAAUAGGAAUCUGAGAAAAGGAUGCUGGGUUUAGAUGGGCCUUUGGUGUGAUCCACCAGGGCUCUUCCUAUUCUCUUACACUGGGUGGACCACCUGUGACUUUUCUGUUCAGUCCCAGCAGGUGCAACAUAUGUCUGAGCGCUCAGCUGCCAUGAGGGCCAAGAUUUCCAAGAUGGUGGUGGUGAUUGUGCUGCUGUUCACCAUUUGCUGGGGUCCUAUCCAGCUUUACUUGCUCUUCCAGGGCUUCUACCGCCACUUCCAGGCCAACUAUGAGACCUACAAGAUCAAGACGUGGGCCAAUUGCAUGUCAUAUGCCAACUCGUCUCUCAACCCCAUUGUCUAUGCUUUCAUGGGAGACAGCUUCCGCAAAUCCUUCAAGAAGGCUUUCCCCUUCCUGUUCCGGCAGCGGGUUGGGGACAAUGGCGUGCACUCAGGCUGCCGCAAUGCGGAAGUGAAAUUUGUCAUGGAGGGAACUUAACCCUUUCGCCUGACCUGGCUUCUGUCAUGAACGAUUCUGCCUGGUCUGCACUGCCAAAGGAUGCCGAGAAGGACAAAGACGUAGAGCAAGAUGACCUGUAAGCCACCAAGGGUCUCACAGAGAGAAAUUUGUGGUUAUUUCAAUACAAAAACCAGAACACUAAGACUUUAGUUCAUCGAUACACAGUAAUAAUGCCUUGGGGGAAGGUCUGAGUGUGGAUUUUAGUUUUAACUUAAAUGAUGCAGGAAUCUGACCCGAAGUGCUAUGCCACAAGAUUAGCAGAAGCAAGCCUCUCUUUUUGUGUUUGUGGAGUGGAUAACAUGAGUGUACUCUGCCUUCUUCAAAACAUGGUUUUGUGUUUGGCACUCCAUCUUGGAUUUAUCCUGGACCUUCAAAUGUAAGAAUAAAGCUUUUUCAAACUGCAUUUCCUCCGAGGCUUAAAUACAUUUACAACCUGUGUUUCCCAGGUUCUACUCAUCCAGCACUGUAACCACUACACCACACUGCCGCAGGGCCAGCAGCAUAGGUUCCAUUGUCCAUACCACUGCAGACAGACAUUAGAUAGUAGCAACCUCCUUUUAAGAUGUUUCACCUUUCUCCUGCCAUGAAGAUGGGAUAAUCCAGAGGUCAAAAAGCACAAAAUGUUCCUUCUCGUCAUUCUCAUUAGGAGGUGUUGCGUAGGCAGGUUGAAGUGAGCAGCAGCCACAAUAAUUUCACCCGAAGUUCUGGAAAAUUACAUUAUCAACAGCUAUUGCUCCUCCUGGUGGGUUCAUUCUGCACAUUGUUCUGUGUUCUCAAGGGCCACCUACUGGUUGAUGUUUCAGUCUGCAGUCCUGUUGCUUAUAUGGGAACUUCCAUAGCUGUCAACUUACAGAUUUGAAAAUAAGGGACCAGCAGCCUCGAAAAUAAGGGAUCAGCAGCCAAAAUAAGGGAUUUUAGUCAACCAGCUGAAAUACAAAGUUAAUAGGGACCAGAUAAUUUUGGAGAGCAGUGCUGGUUUUUAGCCCUUCAUUUCCAGAGGUUGCUG